AUGGCUCGCGGAAACCAGCGUGACAAGGCUCGCGAGAAGAAUCUCAAAGAACAGCAAGGCAAGAAAUCCGCCAACACUAUGUCCGGCACCCAACAGCAGAAAGCCAAAGAGGAUGCCGCUGAGAUCAUGCGCAAGAAGCAAGCUGCAGCUGAUGCCAAGAGGGCUGCCGAAGGCAAGAAGUGA